AUGAACGCGCACGCCCUGCUGACGUCGCAGGGGUGGCGGGGCACCGGACACCCGCUGGGGACGAGGGGCGACGGGCGGGGCCUGACGCACCGGCUGCUGAUGCGGCGGAACGAGGACGGGCGGGGGCUGGGGAGCCGGCAGGCGGAGGCGGAGCGGCGGGCGGACGCGUGGUGGCUCAACGCGUUCGACGAGGCGCUCAAGGGCAUCGACACGGGCAGCGGCGGGGCUACGGUGAAGCAGGCGGCGGGGGCCCGGGGUGGGGCGCUCGCAGCCAUCGCGACCCCGGCGGCCAAGUACACGGGCUCGCGCGGGCUGUACAGCUCCUUUGUGCGGGGCGGCGUGCUCGAGGGGACGCUAGGGCCCCAGGCGAAGAAGGAGGCGGACGCGGGAGGGCUUCCGACGCCGCCGGAUAGCGAUGGGGGCGCGGCGGCGCGGCGGCGCCCAGGAGGUCGCACCAAAGCCAGGGCCGGGGAAACGAAGGAGGAGAGGAGGGCGCGGCGCGCAGAGAAGAGGUCGAGGAAGGCGGAGAAGCGAGCGCGGAAGGAGGGGAAGGCUGAGGCGCGAGCUCGGAACUACGCGAGCCGCCACUACUCUACCGACCACAUUAAGGCCUACCCGCCCCCCCCCGUGCGGAUCCGCCGGGCUCUGGGCGCGCUGAGACGCCUCGAUCGCAGCGCUCGCAGGCCCGGUUCGGCCGGCGGCACGGCUCACGGCCUAGUAUUCCCCACUGGUAACAUCGAUCCACAACACCAGUUAGACGGCCACCGGGGCCGAAUCGUGGCUCUCCUCGGCGGCCUACCGAUGCUGCUGCGCGCACCGGCUAUAGCGCGCGGCGUGGACGAGAAGCUCGGGAACUCCCAUUCUCGCCGGGUGUGGGUUUAA